AUGGAUCCAAACGGCCAGCAUAUCACAAAUCCCUAUGGAUACUACAGUUCUGGAGAUGAAGGCGGACUCGCCGUAGACGAGUAUGGCAACGCGGUCGGGUACGCCCAUCAGCCAGUCCAACAUCAAUACGCGAUGCAGGGUCCAAAUAUUGCUAUGCCGCUCCAGAUGCAACAACAGCCGCAUGCGGCAUAUGUAAUGCAGCAUGGCUCGAUGGCACUCACCCAGGUCCAAUACGCGCCAGCUCAUAAUGCUGCUCCCGUCUAUCAUCAAGCCAUCACCUCUCCUCCUCCCCCACCAUCUCCCUACGACCCAGUCUCCCCGGCCCCUUCUGUCUCGGACCACUCAGCCAGCGGAACAGAAAGCGCAGGUGCAAUGCCCAUUCGUACAGGAGGUGUUCCCAUGAUGCCCAAUCGUGUAUAUCACAAGCACUCUCAUUCCCACUCGAGCCAGAGCUCGACGUCGUCCCUUCACGGUGAAAGCCAUCCAUAUGCGCCGCCCAUCAUGCCCUUCCAGGGACCCGAUCCUCGACGCCAUCACUCGAGAACGCGAAGCAUUGACAGGCACUCGGUCGAACGGACCCCUCCGCCCAACCAAUAUCAAGGCUCCGAUGACGACUAUGACGGCCAAAACACGGCCGAUCCAUUCGUCAACCAAAUCAACCUCCUCAACCGGAAGGAAUCCACGCGUCGCCAGCGUAUCCAGGCCGAGCAGCGCCGCCGCGACGAACUGCGCGAUUGCUAUGCUAGGCUCAAGGACGUUCUCCCCGUCAGUGGCUCGAAGAGCAGCAAGGUCUCUCUCAUCGAGCGAGCUCGAAGCUACAUUAUCGAAAUCAACGCGGAAAACCUCGAGCUGAAAAAACAGGUCGAAGACUUUAAAAGAGAGGUCAACCGGCUUCAGCAGCUCAGCGAACAGAUUGGCAUCGGUCUCGUGGGCACUUCCACGACGGGAGCCACCGAUGAAGCCCCAUCUUCUACCGCAGAUGCCGCUCAGGCUCCUACUUUGACCCCAAAGGAUGAGCCGGCUGCAGCUGCGUAA